AUGCAAGCUUUCUGCUGCUGCAGCUCUCGACGCAGGGGAAGGCUGGUCAGCGGCCAAGAUAACAAGGCCGCCUCGUCGCUCCCCGUUUCCAGCCCAGCUGGCUUGGCCGAGUCCCGCUUCGACUGGAGCGCCAGGAAGACAAAGCAUCCCGCGGCCCAACCCAACGACGUGCCAGCCAGCGCUCAAGUGUCGCCUUGCGAGGGUCCCGUCGAGCUCUGUCAGUUGGUUGCCGACAAUGACUCUGACAGCCACGACGAUACGAGCCAGUCCGCCAAGCGAUCAACGGGCACUCUCGAGGUCGUGCGAAGCAAGCUGAUUCGACACAUGCCACAGGACAACGAAGUGAGGCGCCAGUCCCGACUGGCUGCCGGUCACAGCGAGGAGGAGCUGGCUCGACGCGCAGAACUGAGGCGCUUCCGCCAGCAACGAAUCCAGGACGAGCUGGACAAGGACAAGAGCAACGAUGAGGGGAGUGAGAGUUCCCAUAGAAGCACCCGCUAUCUCUCUCCACUCAUCCAGCUUGGCCAGUCUGGCAUUGGGCCCCGAGAUACAAUCGAGUUCACCGUCGAUGACACCAUCAUCGCGCCUGACAACCGAGUUUCGGGCCAGCAGCAAGACUCGUACCAGUCCACGCGGUUGGACAGAGUGCUUGGUAUCGACAACGAAUUCGACAUCCGCCGAGGGUCGCAUGCCUGGGAUGAUCAGUCGGCCCUAGGUGUCUGGCUCAUGGCACAAGGCAUGCGAUCAAGAGACUGCUCCUUAAUCCGUCUCGGUGAUGCCGAGUCGGACAGGGCGGAUGAUUGUGAGAGGCUAUCUCCGCCCCUGGACGACUUCAACGGAAUUGAUAGGGUCAUUGAUAUACCAAACGCGCCUCGAGGAACCAGCCCCCCUGAGUCACCGCCCUGGGACGAGGGUCACGGCAACUUCUCGCCGUCGCAGUGCCCUUGUCAAUGUGGAGAUGUCACCAGCUCUAACCUUCAUGUUUCGGCAAGUGAGGAUCUCAGCAUCGACAUGGAUUCUUCAAACCUUCCGCCGGCGGACCAUGGCUCAGGUUCGGCUGUGAAACAGCCCUUGGACAACGUUUCAUCAUACUAUCCUUCCGCUUUGCCGAGCUUCCAACCAAGCCCAGAUGGCUCCACAAACAACAACUUCAGUCUCAGCCCUCAAGACAUUGAGAGUCUUGAGCUGUCACCAAUCCACUGGCAUGGAAAACUCACCACGCUGCAGGAUUUUGGCCAUUCAGAGGGACAAAGCUCGUACGCGACGGCCGAAGAAGAAGAUACUUUGAGUGCCCGGCGUGAGACCACUGCGGCCAUGAGUCACAGGCACACAUCUCAAGUAGGAUCUGAAAGCAAUUCCACCGUUCACUCGGAGACAAAGAGCUUCCAACAGCGAGAAGCCGAGCUUCAAACCAUUGAACAGAGAUUUGGCCAUGUUCUUUCUCGAAAGCAGGUGGAUAUACCGUUGCACAGCCGGUUCCGAGAAGAGUUUACGAGGUCGACAACGCAGGCUCCGGCAAAAACAUCCUUGGCGACGAAACUUCACAACUCCAUCUCCCGCCUGUCCCGGGCUGGCUCUGAAGCUCUGAGCUCCAUGGACAACAGGCGGUCCUCGAUGUCUUUGUCCCCCGAGGUCAAAUCAGAUCGGCAAGAUUUCGCCAAAUACGGCCCUGAGCGUCACCGAUACAGGGUCAUGGAGUGA